AGUCUAUCCAGCAAAAUGCCCACCCUGCUCAGCCCUGGGCAAUUUUGUAGAAAACAUUACAUGCAAGCAGGGUAAGAAAACCACUCUUAACCAGUCUUACUCCAUUUUGGUUUCAGUCUUCAUUUUGCAUUAAUCUUCCUUGUUUUUCUAAUCAUGCUUCAGCUGCACCCUUCCCCAUCUUCAAUUUCAACCACUACUCUGUCCUCAAUUAAGAAAAUGGGAGUUCACUUAAUUGGAUUCAGUUGUUGGUGUGAAGGAGCACAGCUCCCACCACAGACUAUAAAUAGCUGCCUCCCACAGUCCCCCACUCCUCCAGCUCUCAGUGAUGAGGUUGAGCAUGGUUUUAGGGUCUCAGAUUCUGUUUGUCCUCACCCAUAGAGAUCUGUAUUAAAUAGUGUCAUUUAAAAAAAAAAAACCAACAAAAGUUCCUGUACCAUGUUGAUGCCACUUGAUUUCUUUUGGACUUAACAAGGGUCACCAUCUGGCUCGUCCCGUUAUUCUCCCAAGCUUUUGCUUACCCUGAUCUCUACAGGUCGGAAGCCUAAUUAUUAUUAUUGUAUUUGUUAAGAACUUACUGUAUGUUAGGCAUUGUGCUGAGCACUGAGGGAGAUUCAAGAUAUUCAAGGAGGAUGUAGUCCCUGACCCACAUAGGGCUAAGUAGAAGGAGAAGGAGUUUCUUUGCUUGGAGGAAGAAGAAUGAGAAACUGACAGUCUUAGCAAAGCUCAUCCUCUUCUGGUAGCCGGUCUAUUUAGGGGACGGAGUAAGAAGGAAGCUACCGUGAAUAUACUCUCUCUGAAAAUACUGAUUAUGGUAUUUGUUCAACUCUGGGCUGACCAACAUACUAAGCACUAGGAUAGAGAAAAGAUUUCUCUCAUCACCCACUUCUCCCCUCCAACAGUCAGAAAGCAAACACCGGAAGUAAAUGAGGAGAAAGAUCAUAAAGGGAAGUGAAAGGAUUAAAAUUUCAAUUCUCCAGAGCAAACUAGCCUAUUCCCAGGGACCCACCACACUUCAUUUUUGCUGUCAGAAGAACAAGAUUAGAAGACAGGACAAUGCAUCUACCUUGGACUCUGCUUUUUCUCUUGCUACCCUGCUGUUUUCUGGUGAGAGACUUCACGGAGGUGAAGGGCAUCAUGGGAGGAUCCCUGAGCAUGCAGUGCCCGUAUGAAGAGAAACACAGGACGCAUGGCAAAUCCUGGUGCAAAGGAUCCAGUCUGGUAUUCUGUAUCACCCUGCUUGAAACCAACGGGUCAGAGGGAGAGGUGAAGAAGGGCCGAGUGGCCAUCAGAGACAAUCACCAGAAUCUCAUAUUCUCAGUGACCAUGGAGAACCUGUCAGCAGACGAUGCUGCCUCUUAUGCCUGUGGGAUUGAUGAACCCUUUAGUUUUGAACCCCUGUUGUGGUUUACAGUGUCUAUCUCCCAAGAAACGGUGGUGAAAACAAGCAAGGCAGCAACAUGGACUGCUGAAAUAACAAACACUACACAAGGGUUACUGGACGGUAAUUUGCCUAAAGACAAAAACUCUCCUAGAAGAACUUUUCCACACAGGUCAUCUCUCAGCAACGUCUUUGUGGUCCUGAUCUUCCUCACCAGCUUGAAGCUGCCCAUCUUCCUGAGCUUGGUCUCAAUGGUCAUCUGGAUGAAGAGAUUGCAGAGGAGGCAGAGGGCAGCAGGUGCCCAUCACCACUGAGGAACUCUUGCUUUUCAUCCCAACAUCCACCCACAGGGCCCGAGGUUCUGGACGCUCAAUGAGCAGAGCCUGCAUCAUCUGACAACCUGCUUCCAAGGAGGGUGGGGAGGGCUGGGGCCGGAUCACCCAAACCGGGCAUCUCUCCAGAUGUUCUCCACAGGACAGCAUGGAAAGCGGCAAGCAGCAGGGACUCUAACCACCCAGGACUAACUUCUGCCUGGCCCAAGAAUAGAUCAACCCUGUUCUUGUGAAGGCCCAGAGUGAUCCACUCGCUAAAAUGCACAGUGAUCAAUAGACUCAGAAUAAAAACUGACACCAAGUGGCCUCUUGA